UUGGCUAUAUAUAUUACUGUGAUGUUCAGUAAAAAGAGCUGACACACUACCUCUCCAUCAUUCUUUAACGAAAUGGUUUUGAGCGGAUUUAGGGAUGGUGUUAUGUAUAAGUAGUUUAAAAUCUUAGAUGAAAAAGAGCAUAACAAUAAUAAUAAUUAUAUGAAAAAAUCGUGAAACGACUUAGAACAUUGAACCCGCUGAAGAUCUGGCAUCCAUUUAUUUAAGCUUAAGUAUAACUCUUUCUGGAUUCAUAUGCCGAAACGCCCUGGCAUAAUAGGGCCAAUUAGCAUAACGAUUGUUUUUUUUUUUUGUAUACAAGAAACAAGAGUGAUAUGUUAGCGUUGAUUUGGUUCAUAUAGUCCCUACCUACAUCUGAAAACUUUAUACAUUCAAUCCAUACUAGAACAGCUUGUAAUAAUAGCGACAACCAUUUUUUUCUGCACAUAAAUCUAUGGACUCCUUGCCGACCAGCGGACUACUUGGAUCAUCCACACAUUUUGCUUGCUGAGCAGAUAAACAUAGUCAAUCAUAAGUACCAGAGUCCGAAUAUUAUAGACCUUUAUGCUAGCUUGUCCGCCGCACAUUACUAAAAAUAAACAAAACAACAACCCUGCAACGUCGUUCACCUACAAAUCUGUUUGUGACAAGUGAUUUUACCGGCGCAAACAGUUCUACAAUCCGACUAGCUGUUAAAAUCUGGGAAGUCCAAAUUUGGCUUUAUCGAUACCAUCACCAUCGUAUGUCAACACAAAAGCCUGAUUUCUUCAUCCCUGAGCCUCACCCUGUUUUUUUCUCUUUGUACCUCUUGCCCUGACCGGAAAGCUCCAACGCUGUGAUCGUCAUAAAAGUGCAAUUGAUCCACUGAGGAGACUUUCUCUCCAUCAAAAUGGCUUUUAAAAGCGAAUUUUAUGGAGGGUCAAGGAUUCUAACCCCCGUUGCUGACACGAUCGGUCUCCCAAUCGACCAGAUCAACUUUCUGGUGUGUCAGCUGGUGGCGCUUGGGUUCGCCUUCCCGUUCCGCAGUCUGUUCUCAGUGGAGAAGGUUGGAGCACAGACUCGCCACAUCAUCGAAGCAGUGGUCGGGGUCCUGCUCACCCUCUUCUGUUUUGGAUAUCAGAUCUGGCAUCUGCUUGUCCAGUCGCUGGUCAGCUAUGCGUUCAUGGCCUACGGCGGUAGCCGCUUCAGCCAUGCCUUUGUGUUUGUGUUCUCCAUGCUGUACCUGUCCGUGUGCCACAUCUACCGGCAGGUCUACGACUAUGGAGGAUACACGCUCGACAUCACCGGACCUCUGAUGAUCCAGACUCAGAAGCUGACAAGCCUGGCAUUUGCUCUCCACGAUGGCCGCUACAAGGAGGAGGCCAAACUGUCGCAGGAUCAGAAGCAGCAUGCGGUCAGGAAGUUGCCGAACGUGGUUCAGUACCUGAGCUUCAUGUUCUACUUCCAUGGCGUCAUGGUUGGACCUCUGACCUUCUACAAUGACUACAUCGCUUUCAUAGAUGGAACCCACUUCAAGAAGCCUGGUGGAAGCUCCACCAAUGCUGGAUCUAAGAAACACCCUGCUGAUGACCUCAAUCGCGUAGUCAUCAAAAAGCUGGUUGUUGCAUCUGCGUGCUGUUUGGGCAUGAUGAUCUUGCCUGGGCUCUUCUUCCCUCCAGAGAAAUUGAACACCCCGGAAUACUACAACAUGACCUUCAUGGAGAGGAUGAUCUUUGUGUUGGGAGUCAUGACGCUGGCCAGGAACAAGUACUACUUUGCCUGGGUGUUGGCUGAUGCCAUCAACAACGCUGCUGGUCUCGGUUUCAGCGGUUAUGAUUCUCAGGGAAAUCCCAAGUGGGACCUCACAGAUAAUGUAGAUAUUUUGGGAGUUGAGCUCUCUACCAGUCUCAAAGUGAAUAUUGACAGCUGGAACAAGAAAACGCUUAUCUGGCUACGUCGUGUGGUCUACGAUCGCGCUCCGCCCUCCAACAACACGCUGGCCGUGUUUGCCUGCAGUGCCUUCUGGCACGGGUUCUACCCCGGUUACUACCUCACCUUUGGCGGUGGGGCCUUCAUGACCGUUGUGGCGAGACAGGUUCGUCGCAAAGUCCGUCCAUGGUUUCAGACCAGUCCCACCAAGAUCCAAGUGUACGAUGUGAUCACUUUCAUCGCCACCCGCUUCACAAACUGUUAUCUCUGCUUUCCAUUCCUGGUGCUCGAGUUUUACUCCUGUUACUUUAUGUACAAGUCCCUGUAUUUUUACCUCCACAUUAUGACGGCCAUGGCCUACGUUCUCUUCACCUUCCUGCCUACGGCCAAGCAAGGCUCGGCUUCCGCUGCCUCCACCAGGCCUUCCUCUAGGUCUGGUGGUGCUGGCUCUCCCCCAGUUUCCAACGGCGUGUCCUCGGCUGAGCAAAUUCCUGUGAACGAUGGUCAGUCUGCUUCCCCAUCCACUGCCCCGCCCACUGCCCCGCCCACUCCGGCCCCAGGCAGUGACCAGACCCCGGAGGCUGCACCCAUCGUUGAACGAGAGAAAGUCGAGUGAUCCCGAGAGAGGGAGCGAGGAGAGGGGGAGGUGUUGUCAGUCAUCACUGCUUGUGUAUUUGUGCAUGUGUCUGGCAUCCCCUGUCUCUUUGAGCGCCCCUUCUCUUGCCCCAGUCCCUUUUGUAACAAUUUUUUAUCAUUUUAAUUAACUGAUUAGUUACUUCUGUUGCUAAUAAUAUGGUCAGUGAGGAACUGUUGCAGGGCAUAAUUGUGUGUGCUGGGUGGAGGGUAGGGCUAUAGUGUGGGGGGUUGCUGGUCCCAGUAAUUUUGUACUUAGAUGGGUAUGUCUGUUUGUUCAUGUAAUGUGCUUGUGCGAGGAGUUAGUUCUUUGUGUGUAUUAAUAAAUAUAAAAUUGACUGUUCAGUGUAAGACUGCAUCAUGUUUCACUUUUCCAAGUGGUCUAUAUUUUGUAGUAUUACACUAAGCAGUUGAUAUGUGUAUGUUAAUGUGUGUAUACAUUGGUGUAUGUGUAUGUUCUUGUGUAAUAGUGUUUGUAUACUUAUGUCUACUUGUAGGUUCGUGUGUGUGCAUGUGUGUUGUGUAUACAUUGUUCUUGCUGUUAUGUGUGUAUGUGUUCAUAUGUUUAUGUGUGUAUGUGUGAGUUGUAUGUAUGGAUAGUGCUGCUGACUUUUUUGUUGCUUGUUGUUCUGAGCGAUCAUGUUCAUAUGUAUACAUGAACAGUUUUGCGACAUAUCCAUUUUUGUGGUUUUGAGAAAAAUGAAGAUUUGUGUUUUUCAUCUAUGUACUGAAUAUUCUUGAGCAACUUUGAUUUUUAAAUUGAACAUGAUGUAAGGCUUAGCUGAUAUUUGCUGUAUGAUUAAAUCUAUGUUGGAUGGUUAUCCUUUAAAUUGGGGAUAUGUCCACACAUUUUUGACAAAACGCUUGAUAUCCACAUUACAAUAAUUAAGAAGGGAAAGAGCCGCCGCUGACAAAAUCGUAAACACUUACAGUACCGAAGGCUCAUAUAAUGAAAAACCCUCAAGUACCGCACCAGUUUAGAGUGCUGAAGGCGUGGUAGAUUGUUUUAAGAUAAAACAAAAAAAUUAGCAGCACUAGAAACUGGCUUUAAAAAUUCAUAGAGGUUCAUCAACCAUUCCGCUAUCAAAUAGAAUUACUUCCUUUGGCAUUUAAUUCAGUGCAGUGCGUCCAUUUGUUGUUUAUUUAUAAAUUACUUCCUUUGGCAUUUAAUUCAGUGCAGUGCGUCCAUUUGUUGUUUAUUUAUGCCUGAGGUAGUGAGCGCAUACUAUGGUCUGGCGACUGACAGUACUGUAGGUGUUCAGACAGGCUAAGUCACGUGACUUGUGGGAAGCACUUGAUUGGCGCACAGAGGAUAUGUCGUGGUUUUUCAAAAAAAACGUCAACCAUUUUUGUAAAACAAACCCUUCACUUUCUGCAGCCCUUGAAUCAGGAAAAAUCUCAUUUUUUGAAAAAAGAAGUUGACUCUGGAACGUGCCUCACUCUCUAGACAGGACAGUACUAGUUUUGGCCGAACUUUGAAAAUGGCAUUUGUCGCGUUUUUUCAUCAAAUUGUUCAUGUGUUCAUAUGUAUAUAUGUGUGUGUUUGGGUUGUGCUGCUGACUUUGUUAUGCCGGGCUGUCGUAGGCACAUUUUGAUCUCACGGGUUCAAAGGCUGUGUUGUUUGUUGCUGUUUGUGGAAAGAUGUCUGCCGGAGUUUGGUAUGCCCUCCGCCCCAGCACACUUGCGUGAUUUAUUUGUUGAGAUUUUUACGUGGAGAAGCCUGCCUGAGUACCGAAUGCGAGAAAUUUUUCUCUGUACUCCAUGAUCUGCUAUUUAGUCUUGAGAUAUUUAGAUAUACACUCAUAUACUCACCAUGUUUACACGUACACCUAAAUAUAUGUGUCGUAGAAGUGUUGAGAUAAGCUUACCCUAACUACUGGAAUCUGUAGAUGUGAUGGCUGUGGACGUGGAAUGAAGUUGAGGGAUAGUCAAAAUGUGUGUGAACCCUUACAACCUAUUGUUAGUGAACAGAUUGCAUUAGGUACUGAUAUUAUUUCCUGUCGGUUUUAUUUGUCCUGUACAGUGGAGUUGAUUUCGCUCUCUGACUGCUUAUGGGUGGUUGGAGGAUGUUGCUGGUAGGUCCUACUUCUUUCAUCUCUCUUUGUUGUGUCUGUCUAUCUGUCUUAUUUUUUCCAUCCAGCACAUGAACUUUAUUGUGUCAAUAUUAUGCAUUUUUUUACUCAAACAAAAAAAGAGUUGCUUCGUUGUGAUAAAGAUUUUGUUUUUGAGGUGUCUUUAUUCUUUUUUAUAUCAUGUUGCUUUCAUGUCAAGUCCUGACCAUCGCCCGAACAUUUUCUCCAUUAUCUGUGGCCACUAUGAUUUGAGCAUCCAAACAAAACAGGGAUUGGUUGGAGAGUACUGCUUUAGGUCCUUCUUUUCUUUCCCUCUGUUCUGUCUGUCGAUCUUACUUUUUACCUGCCCUAAAGUACUGGUAUUGUGUCGAUGUGCUUCUCUUUCCUCCCACACGUACACCUGCCCCUCGGGCGUUCGUUGUUAUUGCUAUCUGUGGCUGGUGUGACUGAACAAAAACAUGUAACAAAUUUGUUGAUCUGUUCUCUCCUCUUCAGGGUUUUUUUCUGGUGACAGGUUUUUGUU